CCAGAGCGCGCCUUGCCGCAUCAAUCAAUGGGCGAGCAGAAGAAGGGCACCUACCACUACAAGGUCGUCUCGGACGGCAACGGCUGGACGGCCAAGGCAUUCGGCGACAUGGCGGACGGCCUCCCCGAGUGCACUGGAGCCACCGCGCUCGAGGUGGAGAAGGCGAUGUACGAUGCGUGCAAGGAGGCGUCGGGAAUUCCUGAGUUUACCUACGCCAACGACAUGGUCACGCCAAAGGUCUCGCUCUUCACGGCGUGCAUAGGGACGGCGAUGGUGGUGGCAGGCGGCGGCGGCGGCGGCGGUGGCGGCGGCGGCGGCGGCGGCGGCGGCGCGGCGGCCCCGGCGGCGGAGGCCAAGGCCCCGGAGCCAGAGCCGGAGGAGGAGGAGGAGGAGAUGGGCUUCGAUCUUUUCGAUUGAGAGAGGCCAGGUUUGGCGCAUGCGCGUGGACUGCGAGCCCCCGACGCGGGUCACGCGCCGCGGAGAGAUCGAUUUUCGUCUUCGGUCUCGCACAUGCGCCAUAGUUCGUGCUUCCUCCCCGUAGCCAGUGCUGUCUUUGUGACGGGACUGUUCCGAUGUGGGGCGUGCGUCACGAACCGUGGAACUCGCAUGUGCACAUGCACAUGUACAUGUCGGUGUGUUUGGUGGUGACUUUUUAGCUGGGGCCGUCGCGCUCCGUAUCCGUUUUCGUUGUGUGGAGAAUGAUUUUGUGUGCCUC